AUGGCGUCCAAACAGCCAAGCUCUCGGGCGUUGCCGAACACCCCAUCUCCGGGCCAAGCGCCGGGCAGAACCCGCAAUAGCCAUGUCUUCGUGGGCUUUUUGAUCGGCCUGCUAGCAUUGACGUUUUUGUUCAACCCCUUCUGGCAGCAUCCAUACAGCUGUCAUGGCCCUUGGUCUACGCGGCCUACGUCGAGCCUCUCGGUAGAGGAUCGCGUGGAGCGAAUUCUCUCACAGACUCCCCUGAUAGACGGGCAUAACGAUCUUGCCAUAUUGAUCCGUAUUCUCUUGAAAAACCAUAUCAACUCUGAGCGCUUCAGGGAGGAAUUCGAGGCGGGCACUUUCUCCUACCAUGUCGACCUUGCAAGGCUGCGAGCCGGUAUUCGUGACACUCUGCAGCAGAUAGAUGUCAUCACGCGCUUGACGGCGGCCUAUCCAAAUGACUUUUCCUCCGUGCACAUCGACAGCAGCAGAGCCAUGGCAGCCUUCCGGGAAAACAAGCUCAUAUCUCCAUUGGGCGUGGAAGGCCUCCACCAGAUUGGCAACUCGGUAGCAAACCUCCGUCAGUAUCACGGCCUCGGCGUGCGGUACGCAACUUUGACGCACAAUUGCCACAACCGCUAUGCCGAUGCCGCCGUCCUCGAGCAACCCCUUCGCAAGGCCGAGCCUCUCUGGCACGGUGUCAGCCGCGAGGGACGUCGCCUGGUUCGCGAGAUGAACCGCCUGGGAAUGAUUGUGGACCUGUCCCAUGUCAGCGAGGAUACCAUGGUCGACGUGCUGGGUGGGAAUCGCGGGUGGGAGGGAUCUCGUGCUCCCAUAAUCUUCAGUCACAGCAGUGCUUACUCCCUCUGCCCUCACCCUCGAAAUGUCAAGGACCACGUUCUGCAGCUCGUUAAAGAUCGCAACUCCGUCGUCAUGGUCAAUUUCUCGCCCGACUUCGUCUCAUGCGCGGAUGUUGGUGCCGAGAACGGGUUGCCGGGCCCGGAUCCGGACCAUGAAGCUUCCCUCGGUCGGGUCGUCGACCAUAUCUUGCACAUCGGUGAACUCAUCGGGUUUGACCAUGUCGGUAUUGGUAGCGACUUUGAUGGAAUCGAAAGCACGCCAAAGGGACUGGAAGACGUAUCCAAGUUUCCUGAUCUCGUGGCUGAGCUACUGAGACGUUGUGUCAGUGAUGAAGACACCGCAAAGAUUGUAGGGGGUAACGUGCUGCGCGUGUGGAAGGCCGUUGACGAGGUUGCUUUGCAAAUGCAGGCUGCUGGUGAGUUGCCCAUGGAGGACGAAUUGUCCGGGCUGAUGUUCGAGUGA